AUUUAUAUCAGUGGGUUGAGGUGCCAUGUCCAACCCAUACCUAGCCACCCAGUGGUCAAAUUUAUUUAAAUCUGCGUUAAAAACUGAAUAUCAGCAGGCAGAAACAUGGGAAUCAGAGAGUAUGAAGUCACUUUAACUCCUAUAAAACAAACGUUCUCAUUCCAAGUACCUUCAAGUGAAUCUAUUCCGGAUACUUUGAUGCAACCAUUUUUAGAAAGACUAACAAUAAAUAUCACAUUAUUGGUUUAAAUUGUAAGAAACCAAGGUAUUUAUAAUUUUCCAGAUUUAUAUUAAUCUCUACGCUUCUAUGCUUACUUUCUCAAUAUGAACAACUUGUGACAUAUUCACCGAUUUAACAAAUUCAUUUUCUUACUAAUUGCGAAAUACUAAAAGCAUCAUAAUGUAUCAUGUAAUGUUAACUGACACUGGUACUUGGAAGCCACUCACGGCAACUUGUAAUCAGAUCGAGAUAAUCUGUGACUCGAUGAUAUCUAUUUUUACUUUAGCUAUAUGUCUCGUUGGUUUUCGAAUAUACAUUAUUAAUAAAUUAUUGAGACAUUUUUGCGAAAAUAUGAAAUUUUUCACUGUUUAAGGAUGGUGUUUACUUCAUGUAACAGUAUUAUCAGUAAGAGCGUUUUUAAAUAUGCAGGGUAAAUAAAUGUCAUCCCAGGAUUUCAGUACUUUUCCACUGUUCACGUUAAAAAAUUUAAUCAGCAAUUUACAAACGGAACAUACAGCAUUAUUGAAUAAGAUACAAGUAUUUUAAUUUCGGGAUCACAUUUAAGCUACAGAAAUGUCUUUGAUGAAAAACAUUCAAAAUCUUCACUUUUUUUCUAUGAGGAAAUUUAAUAACGGAAAAAUGAUAUAUUUUAAAACAUUGCUGAACAGGUUAGCCCAUGCGUUACUGUUUACAUCUGUUCAUUUAUCAGUCAGAUAACAUUAUUAAAUUUAUGUCAGUUAUUUUCAGUUGGAAGAUGAGCAAGAAAAGGGCGGAAUUGGAGGCACGAUUCAAGCAACUGGACAGAAAUAAAGAUGGUGUUGUGACACUUGAAGAAAUGAGAAAAGAGCUUAGAGAUCAAGGUUAUCCUGAAGGUUUGGCACAAAAAUUUAUGAGUCAGUUUGAUGUGGACGGAAAUGGAAGUAUUACAAUGGAAGAAUUCGUCAACACUCUUUCGCGUACGGACAACGGGUUGGCAGAAUGA